AUGGUCAAGCAGAGGUCAAACAGAGCGGGCGCCGCGGGCGCCACACCCAGAUCGCGCUUCAUCAACAGAGCGGAGCUGCAAAAGGCGAUCUUGGCGCAGGACGUCGCCGCCGCACGGGUCUGCCUCGACAGCGGCAUCAGCCCAGACACCAAUAUGACCGACUACGCCUGCCAUGCGCUUGCGGCCAACGGUGGGAGGUCCCAGCAAGUGGUCCACGACCAGCGGACAGCGAUCGCCCAGUUGCUGGGACUCGCCUCCGACAGCCUGAAGGCCGACGUCGAGAAGGCCAUCUCGCCGCUCUCCGUCAGCGAGGCGCUCUACGAAGCUGCCCUGGCCGGCUGGCUCUGGCUGCUCGAGCAGAUGCUGAAGCAUGGCGCAGACGUCCUCGCGCUCCUCCUCGAGGCGAGGGCCAACCCCGACACCGCCUCCGCGGCGAGCGGCCACACGGCGCUGUCCAGCGCCUGCUCCACCGGCCUGGAGAAGUGCGCGCUGCUCCUCGAGUGCUAUGGCGCCCGGCGCCACACGGCUCACAGAGUCCCGGAGGCGCUGUCCGGUGGCGAACUCGAGACGAUCGAGGUCGACCAGCUCGCCUCUGUGGCCGAGUUGGUCGACUGUGGCAUGCGCGACUUCAUGCUCGACACGUCUGACUGGGUCUCGCCGCUGCCCUUCUGGCUUGUGGCGCCACUCGCCCGCACCCGCGCCCUGCUGCGCGACGGCGCGGAGACGUGGCCGGCGAGCGCAGACGUGUUUGCCACCCUCGAGCUCCCGCGGCGCUGGAGGGACGCGCGCCGCGACUGCCACGCGACGCCGAUGGCCGACGCGCGCGCGUGGCUUGCGGGCAAGCGCGUCGGCGCGCUGUGGCCGUCGCAAGCCGACAGCUGGUCGGAGCCGGGCAGGCGCAGCGCGGUCGAGGGGCGGGUGGAGGAGGCGCACGUCACCGCGGCCGCGGCGCUGCUCGUCGAGGCGCGAGAGCGGUCGCACGCCCUCUUCCCGCCCCAGAUGCGAGCCCGCGCCUGCGACCUCGCCUGGCUCGGCCACUUGGCAGCCCGCGCCCUCGAGGCGCUCGCCGAGGAGCGCGCAUUCGAUGCGAUCAUUGGCGAGCGCGAGCGCGCCGUCGAGCUGGGCGUGCUGCGCGAGGCAGAGGCGGAGGUGGACGCGCUGACCGACGCGAUCGCCCGCGGCAAGCUGAGCGUGCGCGACGCGCUGCAACAGCACCGGCCCGCGGUGGCGGCGCUGGACCCGGCGUGCGUCGCUCGUGCGCCGCACUUCUCCGCCGUCGCGCUGCUCGACGCGUGGCGGGACCGCAUCAUGCCGCAAGCGCUGCGGCGCGACGACCGGGCGCUGUGGUAUUGCUCCCCCGGCCAUGGGUCGAUGCAGGCGGCUAGCCAGCUCUCGGACGCGCUCUACAUGUCGAGUCGCCAGCCGGCCCGUUGGCUCGGUGGCACCACGGUCCUGAUCUCUGGAGUCAGGAGCGCUGCCCACGCGCACCUCAACGGCACGACGGGCACUAUCCGCGACAUGUUCCCGACCGCGAGCGGGCGCUGGCCAGUCCGGACGGACUGGGGCGUGCUCGCGCUAAAGCCGGAGAACAUCGCGCCGGCUGGCCUGGAGGCUUUCCGCUGA